AUGCCCAUUCUUUCACUAGGUGGAUAUGGAACUCGAAUGGGAGUGAAUCAACCUUAUCACGCAUUACAAUCCACCUAUUCUCCAUAUUUUCAACAGCAAUUAUCCCAUUUCGCAACUCAACAACCACUGUUUGGUACGCAACAAUAUACCAGUUAUACCGCCCAAACGUAUGGUAAUCCGACAAACGGUCAACAAUCCAGUUUGAAUAAUAAUUCUGUAUCACAACCGAAUCUUUCGUACGCAGCACAACCCAUAUUCCCUUAUAAUAACGGUACUAUUAAUAGCGCAAAUGCUACUACUUGA